AAAAUAUCACAACAAGAAAGAAAAUCGAGGCAAACAAAUAUAUAUUAUAAAACGGCAUAAAGAUGGAUAGCACCGAAUUUCGAAAACGUGGCAUGGAAAUGGUCGAGUACAUUUGCAACUAUCUGGAAACCUUGGGUGAACGGCGCGUUACGCCCAGCGUGGAGCCCGGAUACUUAAGGCAUCUGUUACCAACUGAAGCGCCACAGGAGCCCGAGGAUUGGGAUCAAAUUAUGUCGGAUGUGGAGGAUAAGAUAAUGCCGGGCGUUACACACUGGCAGCAUCCUCGAUUCCAUGCCUACUUUCCGGCGGGCAAUUCGUUUCCCUCCAUUCUGGGCGACAUGCUGGGCGACGGCAUUGGCUGCAUUGGCUUCUCAUGGGCAGCCAGUCCCGCCUGCACUGAGCUGGAGACCAUAGUGCUCGAUUGGCUGGGCAAGGCCAUUGGACUGCCCGAUCACUUUCUGGCCCUCAAGGAGGGCAGCACCGGCGGCGGCGUUAUACAGACAUCCGCAUCGGAGUGUGUGCUCGUCACAAUGCUGGCGGCACGUGCUCAGGCACUGAAGCGCCUCAAGGCCCAGCAUCCGUUCGUCGAGGAGGGACACUUGUUGUCCAAGCUGAUGGCCUACUGCUCCAAGGAGGCGCAUAGCUGUGUGGAAAAGGCAGCCAUGAUAUGCUUUGUAAAGCUGCGCAUUCUGGAGCCCGACGAGAACGCCAGCCUGCGUGGUCAGACCGUCGGCGAGGCCAUGGAGGAGGAUGAACUGCAGGGCCUGGUGCCGUUCUUUGUGUCCACCACACUGGGCACCACCGGCUCCUGUGCUUUCGACAAUUUGACCGAAAUUGGCAACGAGCUGAAAAAGUUUCCCUGCGUCUGGCUGCACGUGGAUGCGGCCUAUGCGGGCAACAGUUUCAUAUGCCCCGAGCUGAAGCCGCUGCUAAAGGGCAUCGAAUACGCUGACUCAUUCAACACGAACCCCAACAAAUGGCUACUGACCAAUUUCGACUGCUCCACUCUUUGGGUGCGCGAUCGCAUCCGUCUGACAUCAGCUCUGGUCGUCGAUCCGCUGUAUCUCAAGCACGGCUACUCGGAUGCGGCCAUCGACUAUCGUCAUUGGGGAGUUCCACUCAGCCGUCGCUUUCGUUCACUGAAACUGUGGUUUGUCCUACGCUCUUAUGGCAUAUCCGGACUACAGCACUAUAUACGACAUCAUAUCAAAUUGGCCAAACGCUUUGAGGAACUGGUGCUCAAAGAUAAACGUUUCGAGAUCUGUAAUCAAGUCAAGCUGGGCUUAGUGUGCUUUCGCCUCAAGGGCACCGACAAGCUGAACGAGAAACUGCUGAGCGCCAUCAAUGAGUCGGGCAAAUUGCAUAUGGUUCCGGCCAGCGUCAACGAGCGUUAUAUCAUACGGUUCUGUGCGGUGGCGCAGAAUGCCACCGCCGAGGACAUUGACUAUGCCUGGGACACCAUCGUGGACUUUGCCAACGAGCUGCUGGAGAAGGAGCAGCACGACGAGAUCACCGAGAUCAUCAAUCGCAAGAAACAGGAUACGCUCGCCCAGAAGCGUUCGUUCUUCGUGCGCAUGGUCAGUGAUCCGAAGAUCUAUAAUCCGGCUAUCAACAAGGCGGGCACACCGAAGCUCUCCAUGGAGCUGCCCUCGCCGGUGAUCAGUCGCGGCAGUGCACCCAUCAUACGCACUCAGAGCUCGGUGGAUCACAACUCGUGGAUCUCGUGGCCGCUCGCCUUUCUCUUCAACAGCAACAACGAGGAAAAGGGCAACAAUUGCUCACUGCGCUUUCGACACUUGGACACCAAUGUGCGCCCGACUUCGUCGCGUCGCAAUUCAGGCGCUGGUUCUUCGCCCUCGCCGGAGAAUGAGACGGGCUUUGUGAAUCAACAGCAGCAGCAACAACAGCAGAUGCAAUCGCCACGUAAAUCGCCCAUGGUUCUACGUAAAGCCUCCUCCGCCCGGGAAAAUCACAAUUGAAGCACUUAAUAAGACAAAACAAACUAAACGAAAAGCUAAUCAAAAACUAUUUAAUGCACGCGUAAACGAACGCCUAGUUGAAUUCUAGACCAAUUUACAAUUUAGCAAACAUUCCUUAUAUAUAUCCAGCUCAAAUAUAUAUACAUACAUAUA